AUGACGCAGCUAACGCCUAUAAGAGGCUUCACUAAUACGCCCGUGACGAAAGUUGUCUGCAUUGUAUCCACAAUCUUGCCCUUGGUGUUGUCGAUACUAUCGAUAAAAUACGUUGUUUACCUAAUAAUAGAUCCAUAUUUGCUGGAGUAUCUUCAGGUGUGGAGAGUGUUAACAUAUCAAUUAUCGGUGGUGAAUGAGUCGGACUAUUUGCUAGCAGCGCUCUUGUGGUUCCAGUUCAAAGUGUUGGAGAGAUUCUAUGGCUCGAGGAAGUAUUUGUCGAUCGUUGUGUUGUUUGCCGUCUACAAUGCAAUUGCAUGUGUUUUGUUCAUGCUAGUUGGCCAGUUGGUUGUCAACUAUUUGGCAUUUGCAAUUAAACUACUUAUCCUGAACUUCCAAGGCGAGAUGGCCUAUGGAAAGACGAUGUUCAAUGAAGUUAUACCGGGGCCUGUUGGAAUAUUGUCCUCGUUGUAUGUAUCGUACACGGUCAAUAUCCCCGUCUGUUACUACUUCAAGAUCUUGCUUCGAAAACCGGCCACCAAUGCAGAAGACGAAAAUGUGGGCGAAAAAGCCUCUAGUAAAGAGUUGACGCUCAGUAACCAGUUCCCGAUCCACAUAAUAUACACCAUGCUAUUACUAAACAAUGGAAUUAGGUCAAUCAUCCCAGGGGUUGUCGGUUUGCUUAUUGGGAAAUUGCACUCGUAUGACCUUUUACCAGGUGGCUCAUCGUGGCUCAUACCAAGAUUUGUAUUCCAGUUGCUGGUCAACCCAAGAAGGACGCUUACUCUGGCGGUGCAUUACCUCCACCAGCGCGUUUUCAGUCGAGGCUACGAGUCAGUGCCAAAUGGGCAGUUUGCAGAACGCGCCGAAUUGAGAAUCAACAGUGAGGAACCUGACGAUAAUGACGAGAUUUUGGACGAGACGAGGCAGCAAGAGAGUCAAAUACGAGCGGAGACACCAGUUAGACCUUUGGGCAGUCAGUUUCUUGACACGUUUAGAACGUAG